UGGCCCGAGUAUGUGAAACAGACGUAUGUGUGUCUUUAGCUGUCCUAUUAAUUAAACUCUAACAAAAUCAAGCAGCGAGGCUUUCCCUUGCAAAUAUCCGUAUCAUUUAACCCUAGCCUGGCCUCGCCAUGAAGUUCAAGAAGUUCUUCCGACGUAGCAAGAAGCCGUCGCAACAGCUUCAGCCAUCUCAUAUCCCUACUCAUGACGACUAUAGGAGAGAUGAGUAUAAUUCAUACAACCCCGGCCAGAACAAUUAUCAGAAUAACUAUGCCAGCCUGGACCCUCAGAGGGGUCGCGUAUUCGCGCCCUGGCUAGAGCUGCCCCUUCCUAUAUUGGAGAGGGUAUUCUCCUUCGUCUGUCCGCAUUGCUGCGAUGAUUCAUAUGAGACAUGCGAACAAAGCGCCUUGGAAGAUGCUUGCAUGCUCUGCGACCUUCGUGAUCUCUCUCACGCCGGCCAAGUAUGCAAGCGCUGGAGGGUGGCGGCCGUCAAGUUGAUGUACCAUAGUAUCCGUAUCGAUUCCGUGCACUACUGCGAACGUGAGAUCGACCUCUCCGAGAAGCGAAAGCGUAGGAGUCGUUUCGAUCGCAAUGGCCUCCCCGAAGAUACCGCCAGCGCUCGGCUUCAAUUGUUGUGUCGUUCUCUGCGCGAAGACCCAACCCGCCUCGGCAAACUCGUUCAAUACUUCAAGACGCCCUAUAUGCUACGAGAAUCGAGUAGCCCCACGCUGGCGAGGACCAUUGCCGUCUUGCCCAACCUCCGCUACGUCGACUUGCCCGAGGGCCUGUACUGCGACGACCCGGCUUAUCAUACCCUCAAGCUCGAGGUACAGGCUCGCUGCCCCAACCUUAGGAAGAUGGCUUAUACCGGCGGUAGCGAGCGAAGUUUGGAGGCACUGAGUACAGGUACCUUCUGGCAGAACCUCGAAGUGUUGGAGUUGACUAGGAUCAACAUGGAUCCGGCGGCGUUGCGCCACGUACUGACGGUGCUUCAGCGCCUACGAGCUCUAAAGGUGUCUGACUGCAGGAUUGUAGAUGACGACAUGUUUAAGUAUAACGACGUGCUGCCCGCCUUUCCAGCUUUGGAAGAAGUGAUCCUGAUAGAUACACCGAGAGUCACUUCCGACGGCCUUGUGGCGUAUCUGUCUAGGGAGGACACACAGAGGCAACUAAAGGUGCUAUCUCUUUCCAACACCGGCGUUCAAGCCCCCAGCCUCCACGCCGUGUUAGCGCAUGCUCCAAACCUGAAAACGCUCUCUGUUAUGGACCAGGUAGACUCAGCGUUUCCAACUCACUCUGGGCCAAUCCCUCCUCUAGUCAAUUGGUCCCUACAAACCCUGCGCUACGAGAUCACGGCGUCGUCAGCUACCCCUGCCUACGUGGGUGUAACGAGCGGUUAUUAUAACUACCUAGCUUCCUCCCUUUUUGCCGGAGGUUUACCACGUCUUUCUGCCGUGUACGUUCGCGAUCAAAACUUCCCAGACCUCCUCCUUGGCCUUCCACCGCCCAUGCCCGGUUUUGCAGGAGGACAGCAACGUCCCAGCAGCUCAAGCAGCGCCAAGAUGUUCAAUAUGGGAAAUGGCCUUCCCUCGCCGGGACUAACAGGAGGUUUUGGGAACGUACCGCCACGCUUCAGCUCCAAUAACCCCUUUGCCGCGGCAUUCAACCCAUCACAGUUUGGGGCGCAGCAGCUCAAUCAGCCGCUGGAAGUUUUUACGAAAGGAGAAGAUGACCUUGAUUGGGGAAGUAUUAGAAUGGACCCCAUCGAUGCCUAUAGCGGUGGGGGUAGCGGGCGCAGGGGCCACCGCAGUAAUGGCUCACUCAGUGGCCGUCCCCUAAGUAGCUACGGCCUUGCGGAUAUGGGUUCUGGGUGGCAAGCCGGUGGAUCUCGAAAGGGUUCGCUUUCUCAGGCAACCAGCCCUCCAAGCUAUCUGGCUGUGCCGGGCGGCCACGGACGUAGUGGAAGUACUGCAAGCACGAGCAGCCUCAGGGACGACGCAUGGCCUCGGCCCGGCAGUAGCCACGGAAAGAAGAAGGGAGACCGAGACUUGUGGCGUUAAGUUGAAAAUUGAUCGACAAAGAAAAAUCCUUUUCCGCGGUCAUCAGGAUGGCAAUACCUAGCUGUUUGUCAAUUUCGGUGUCGGCGAAGUAUGUAACCUACACAAUUGUGCUUUCCAGUAGCAGAUAUCCAGAUUUCGGAGCUGGUAAUUAAGUCGGCACAGCGGGGAGGCGACGGGCGGAGCGGAGUGUCAUCUAUGUAUGUAGUAUUCAUGGAAUAGGGGUAAUGCUGUUAUGAUACCGAGAAUUGUUAGCUACAACAUAUGUAGGGUUCAUUCAAUAGAGGAGGCUAGCCGCAAUCAUAUACUAAGUGCCAGAUAGGCACACUCUUA